AUGGAAGGAGAAAAUGAGCUGUGCUGCCAAGUCCUGGGAAGGCAGGGGAGGAGCAAGCACCCUGCACGGAGUGCGGUGUCCAUCCGUCCAUCCAUGCGUUGCCGGCACAGCUCUGGGCUCGCCAAGCAGCACUUUGAGCAACCUGAUGACAAAACAUUGGAUAGAGAAAUGGGCUCACUCAGUGCAGCAAAUGCCCAGUUUUGCUUUGACAUCUUUAAGGAAAUGAGCUGUGAUCACAUGACUGAGAAUAUCUUCUAUUCUCCCUUGGGUCUCCUGUCCAUCCUGGCUGUGGUGUUCCUGGGAGCCAGAGGUGACAGUGCAUCUCAGAUGGAGAAGGUUCUCCACUUGAACACAUUAAAAAGGACUGCAGAUUCUUCAAACACAAAGUGUGAACAAGAUACAGGAGUCCAUUCACACAUUCGAGCAGUUCUCUCUGAAAUCAGCAAGUCUAGCGGCAGCCAAGUCCACAUGGCAAGUGGAAUGUUUGCAGAGGCAGCCCAUGUCUUUCUCCCGAAAUAUUUAGACUGUAUUGAGCAAUUAUACGCACUGAAAUCGGAAAAUAUAGACUUUAAAAACAAUAUAGAAGAAGCCAGAAUGCAGAUUAACUCAUGGGUUGAAAACAAGACAAAAGGUGAAAUCAAGGACCUCUUAUCACCCAGCAGUCUCGCAUCUUCUGAUCAGCUGGUGCUGGUCAAUGCUGUCUCCUUCAAAGGGAUCUGGAAACAUGCAUUUCAGAAAGACCAAACCAAACCAAUGACUUUUCGGUUGGAUGAGUCCCGGAGCAAAUCUGUGCAGAUGAUGCAGCUGCAGGGUCACUUUAAACUGGGCUCCUUCGAGGAACCCCGGGUCCGGAUCCUUGAGAUGCCCGACGCAGACGGUCAUCUGAGUAUGAACAUCAUCCUGCCCAGUGAGGACACCGGCCUGGGUCAGGUUACCAAAGAAAUCACUUAUGAGAAACUAAAACACUGGGUCAGCUCAGCCAACAUGAGAGACACUGCAGUGGAUCUGCGCCUGCCCCGGCUCCAGCUUGAAGGGUCCCAUGAGGAUCUGACUUUGAUAUUGGCGGCUUUGGGAAUGACUGAUGUCUUUGACGACUCCAUGGCUGACUUAUCUGGCAUAUCCGCAGCAGGAGGCCUCGUAGUCUCCAAGAUAAUCCAUAAGGCCGUGCUGGAGGUCACUGAGGGUGGCUCAGAGUUAGUGCAUAACAACCAAACAAGCAAAGUAGAACAUCUUGUCCUAUUCCAGGUAGACCGUCCUUUCCUCUUCCUUAUCCGACACAAGGAAACCGAGAUGAUUCUUUUCUAUGGCAGAGUCACCACCCCUUAA